CCGGUGCCGCCAAACUCGUUAUUCGGCCUGGAGAUUGUAGUUGGAGCUGCGUAACCGGUGUACUAACUUGCUGUAGAGUACGGCUAUUUUCGAGAUCCGAUAUUGUCUUCUUCACUGGCAAACGUACUCGCAGUGCAGCAGUUCUAGCUCGGUUUUCCCUUUUGAUUUCUAGGGUUCUUUUUUUCUUGAAGUUCUUGCCAUGUCUUCCCCUGCGCAUUUCGAUGAUGAAUUUGAUUUUGAAGGCGGAUUAUCUGGAAGGCAUUCGGGUAAUAAGAGGUCUUCGCCAGACUAUGACGAUGAAGAUUAUGACGGUGAUCCUUUUUCAUCGAAGAAGAUUAAAUCUAAAGCUGAAGAAGCUGCUCCUGGUGUAACAACAGGAAUGAUUUUGUCCCUUCGUGAGAGUCUUCAGAACUGUAAGGAUACGCUUGCAACAUGCCAAAAUGAUCUUGAGGCUGCAAAAGCUGAGAUUCAAAAGUGGCGUUCUUCUUUUGAAAAUGAACCUUUUAUACCUGGUGGGACCACUCCUGAACCCAAAUUGGUGAUUAAUUAUCUUCAAACCUUAAAAUCGUCUGAAGAGUCAUUUAGAGAGCAGCUUGAGAAAGCAAAGAAAAAGGAAGCUGCAUUCAUCGUAACAUUUGCAAAACGUGAACAAGAGAUAGCAGAGUUGAAGUCUGCUGUCCGGGAUCUAAAAGCUCAACUCAAGCCACCAUCAAUGCAGGCGAGAAGGUUGUUGCUAGAUCCUGCUGUUCAUGAAGAGUUCACACGUUUAAAGAAUUUAGUUGAGGAGAAGGACAAAAAGGUGAAGGAAUUGCAAGAUAACAUAGCCGCUGUAAAUUUUACUCCCCAGAGCAAGAUGGGGAAGAUGCUGAUGGCUAAAUGUAGAACGCUGCAGGAGGAAAAUGAGGAAAUUGGGAAUCAGGCUUCUGAAGGAAAGAUGCAUGAAUUAGCUCUGAAACUCGCAUUGCAGAAAUCCCAGAAUGCUGAGCUCAGAAGUCAAUUUGAAGGGUUGCAGAAGCAUAUGGAGGUGCUGACAAACGAUGUAGAAAGAUCCAAUGAAAUGGUGCAUAUGUUGCAAGAUAAAAUGGAGGAGAAGGAUGCGGAAAUUCGGAGGAUGGAACAAGAGCUACAAGAGAAGAGCUUAACGGUAGAAGAGGAUCAUAGAAGAGAUGCCCCACCUCAAGAGGUGAACGUAUCUGGAGAAGCUAUUGUCAAUUAAUCAGCUGUCAAACUUUGAGUACUCUGUAAAAACUUGUAUUUUUAAAUGAAAACAUUCAUUUAUCUCUAAUCAUUAA